GUACAUUGACCAGGAAGAGUUUGUAAACACGGACUUCAAAUUCAAAACGAAAGUUUAGCCUUUCUAAUGAGAUGUUAAAAAGACAGCCGGUGGAUUAUUCCAGUUUACGGACAUGGAGGACAAACCUCAACUCGUAGGUAACCCGGACUGGAUGUCCCGCCUUCCGGAGAAGCUGCUGGAUGUCCCGCUGUGGAACCUGGCCAUACCCGGAAGCCAUGACAGCAUGUCUUUCUGCCUGGAUGUUUCCUCUCCGGUGGUCAAAUCCCAGCCUUACAUCCUCAGACUCACCGACAAGUUGUUACCCUGCUGCAUCCGUCCCUGUAUUUCCCGCUGGGCCACCACGCAGCAAUCGGUCCUCAGUGAUCAGUGUGAACUUGGUGUUCGGUUCUUUGACCUGCGGAUUGCCAAGAAGCCAGCAGGGAGCAGCACACUUUUCUUUGCUCAUGGCAUCUACACUUUGAUCACAGUCAAGGAGGCUCUGGAUGAACUGGCUACAUGGUUAGAUGCUCAUCCUAAAGAGAUCGUUAUCAUCUCCUGUUCACACUUUGAAUCUCUGACGUAUGAGGAUCAUGCCGAUCUGGUGGAUUUCAUCCUCUCACUUUUCAGCAAGAAGCUCUGUUCCUCACAGGACAUUCCCACUCUGCGUUCCUGUUGGUCCAGAGGGCAGCAGGUCAUCGUCUCUUAUGACUACCAGCAGAUGGAGCAGCAGCACCCUGAGCUGUGGAAGAAGAUGCUCUACAGGUACGCUGAAAGCCCAUCCCCAAUGAAAGUAAUCGCUUAUCUGGAAGCACAGAAGCAGAAAGGAAGACCAGCUGGGUUUUACACGUGCGGCCUCAACCUGACAGAAGACGCUCCUUACAUCUUCCUCCAUCCCCUCCAGACCAUGAGGAAAAUGACAAUGGCGGCUCUGACGCCUUUGCUGUUUUGGACAAGUGAGCAGCAGCCGGGGCCUGAAAGGGGCGGAGUCAACAUCAUCUGCUGCGACUUUGUGGGACUCAGCCAGUUUUGCUCCAUUGUGAUUGAUUUGAACAACAAACUGCUGGACGGGGCAUCGGCAGCAGCUUCCUCUGAUGCUGCUGCUGCCUAGAAACCACCAGAUUAGCUCUGGAUUGUCAGCUGGUUUCUCUCAGUAUUAUUCUCUUUUAAAUUUAAACUUGGUUUCUAUCAAGUGCUGAAUUUGUUUUUUAUCAGACUCAGCAGAAGGAGCUGCACGUAUUAGAAACUUUUUUUUAGUCUUUGCCUCUACUGUGAACAAAAGUCAGGUCCCAAUCUAACUUAUUUCUGAUCAAAUGGCUGAAAGUGGUUCUUGGUUGUGGAAAUUAGUAGUGGAAUAGCUGUUGCCAUAACAACAAGACUGUUGUCGACGAUCCAACGCAGUCUGAUGAGUCUGUUUCCUUCUCUUUUUUUUUAGUUUUUAGUGUAAUUUUUGGUAACAAUAAGCAUUGUUCUUUUAGCACUUUUUUUUUUUUAUCAAAUUGCACUAUAUUUUGUGUAUGUACAAAUUUACUGUAUUUUCCAGUCGCACAUAUAUACACGUAUUCAUAGUUUGGCUGAUCCUGUGACUUAUAGUCGGGUGCCACUAUAUUAACAUGUUUUUAAUGUUACUUUAUUUUGACAUGAACAAGGAGUAAACAUUACCGUCUACAGCCACUAGAUGGUGCUCUAGGCUUGAGACAACUAUAGACAAAUCCGACAGCCUUUUGUGUGUUGCUGCCAUUUUUGGGAUGGCAACCUCAUAUCUGCUGCCUUAUGCCGAUACUGACAUUAAAAUGAAUAUCUGGACUGAUGGCAUUAGGCAGUGGCCCACAGUUACUGAUGAAGGCAUCUUAUCUGCCAGUCUUUACGUUGCUUUGAUUUUUGUGUUAGUUGGGCAUUGGUUGUGAAAGGGGAAACAAAGGAAAAAAAGUCCACUUGCCAUUCCUCUGCAUCUCUGUUUAAGUACUGUAGUACUAUAAUAGUAGCUAGAUCGUUUAGUUGUACUCAGUAACUGCAAAUGAUCCAAAUAAAUUAAAUAUUUAUUAGAUUUUUUACAAAGGAAUCAGAUUAUUUCAUUAAUCACCGACCUUGUGAUGAGCAACAAAAUGCAAACCCCAGGGGUGUGAAUACGAACAUUCCCACGCAAAUUUAUGUUGCCAAAUAAAAGUUCUCGACUAGUGGUGCAGUUUAUAAUUUUAAUAAUUGGUGUAACAGGUUAUAAGACAGCUGUGAUAGGACAACCUGAAAAGAAAACUCGUGCCAUGGCUUAUCUUGCACUAUUGGAUUUGGAGAACUGUGAGCUCCACAGGGAGCAUGUUUUAACAGACCUGCCUCUCAGCAGGUACCGCUUCCCCAAAAAUACCCUGUUGAAUUUAUUUCAAGAUUAAUUUCUGUGCUUUCUAUGGUUUAUUAUAGCAUUUUUGUAGGUGAAAGGCAAUAUCCACUGAAGCCCUGGCUAAUGACCCCCAUAGCCAACCCGAGGACCCUGCAGAAGCAGACUUUGACUUUGAUGUCAAACCUUUUUUUUUAAUAUUAUUAUUUCUGAGACGGCUCUUUCCUCUUAACUGCAGCCGUUAGCUUCUCCCAAGCCUUAUUCUUUCUUUAGUUGGUCACACCUGCAUAAAGUGUUCCAAACAGUAUUUUCUGGUUCUUUCUACAAGUACCUCAAUUUCAAUGCUGGAGAAAUUCCUCUUCUUCGCCCUCUUUGGCAUUAUUUUAGAGAGGAACAAACACAUUCUUAAAGGGAUUGCUGCUACCAUAUAUGGUCAACUGGAGGCGUUUUUUAAUGUAAAUGUGCCUGAACAUGGUUAUUUAGAACAGGUGGGAUUUAUCAAUAGAGAAUACUGAUGUGUUUAUGCAUGUUUGAUAACUCAGGGUUUUUUUGUGCUGUGUGUUACUUAAAUUCUAAAUUUCAGUCCUACUCAAGAAUUUAGAACAUUUUCUACGUACAGUUGAUAAAUGAGGCCCCUGGUCUCAUAGAGGGCCUUUUAUUGUGGGCAGCCAAGGCACGCCUGUGCAAUAAUCAUGCUGUCUAAUCAGUAUCUUGCCAUGUAAGGUGGAUGGAUUAUCCCAGCAGAGGACAAAGGCUUAUAACGCAGAUGUACACAGAUUUGUAAACAAAACCUGAGAGAAACAGUCUUGUUCUUAGAUUUUGUGAAACAAAUUUCUAAUAAAUGUGACUUUUUUUUUUUGUUUGUUUUGUUUAUUUUAUUUUUUUCCUCUUCAUGAUACAUUCUUUGACAGAUGCUUCAUAUUCUGGACCAACUUAGUCCAGAAAAUAUGGUAUAUAUUUCCUAAUUUCUUGUGUCUCAUAAUCAUUUUUCAAUCAUUGCCUACCUACUUUGUAACUGUGUAUUGUGAUUAAAAGUGUAAACAUUUGCACUAGUACCUACUGUCUCAUAAGUUUUGUAAAAAAUUUGUAGGAUUUUUAAAUCCAUAUCUAAAAAAAAGCAUAAUAAACAGUUAAAACAUAGUUUCGUAGAAGUGGUCACUCUUAAUCAUGUGUCUUAUGUAGAGGUAUCUUUCUCUGCUUAGAUAUUUGCCUCUGCCUGUUUUCCUGAUUUUUUUUGCUUUAUUAUACGAGUAAGUAAACACCAGCCAA